AAUUCACGUGCAGGUUAUAAACACGCUACGUUUUACGAUUGCGGACGAAAGAAAAUGUCAAAUUCUCGUGAAUAAAGUUUUUCACACGCAAACACGUUUCAAGUGCCGGCCGUUUGUUUGAGUGUGAAAUUGGAGUACCGUCGGAUCGAUUUGUGAAUAAACGGACACAUAAAACCGCAAUCUAGCGCUAGAAAACCGCUCCACUCAAGAUGGUAUCAACCUUUGUGUGCUGCAAAACGAAUGCGGCGGUGGGUGGACUAAUUGCGGCCGAACUGUUACGCCCGGCGUAUCCGUUGGAAGUGCGCUGGGGUAAUGAAACGUCCAUCUCGUACUCCACGCGUACGCUCUCUUGCAUCACCAACAAUGAUGUGCUGCGGGCGUUGGCCAGAGUGGCCCCAUCGUUCCGGCUGUACGGUGCAACGCCGAUCGAAAGGACGCAGAUCGACCAUUGGCUGACGUACACGCUCUCGAUGGAGAAGAACCUGUCGGAUGAGUUACAGUAUCUGAACAAAUGUCUCGGUCCGCUAACGUAUCUCGUGGCCAACCAUCUGACCAUCGCCGAUUUGGCCGUGUUCAAUGAGCUGUACGUUCGUUUCGACGAGCUGAAGAAGAUCGGCAUUCCAGUGCACGUGCAACGGUGGUACAAUCUGAUCCUAGCACAACCGUACACGAAGGAAGCGCUACGCAAGCACGCCAGCGAGCUACAAUCGGCGGCAGCUUCCUCGGUGAAGGUAAAGGAAUCGACUCCCGAACGGAGCGCGGAUGGCAAACGCGAACAGGGUAAGUUCGUCGAUCUGCCUGGUGCCGAGAUGGGUAAGGUGGUGGUACGGUUUCCCCCGGAAGCGUCCGGCUACCUACACAUCGGGCAUGCCAAAGCGGCCCUGCUCAACCAGUACUAUCAGCAAGCGUUCCAGGGCACGCUGAUCAUGCGCUUCGAUGAUACGAAUCCGGCGAAAGAGAACGUACACUUUGAGCAGGUGAUUCUUGAGGAUCUUAAGAUGCUACAAAUCAAGCCGGACCUGUUCACGCACACGUCUCAGUACUUCGAUCUGAUGCUGGACUACUGUGUGCGCUUGCUGAAAGAGGGAAAGGCGUACGUGGACGAUACGGAACCGGAACAGAUGAAGAAGGAACGUGAGGAGCGCGUGGAGUCGAAAAAUCGCAGCAACACCCCGGAACAGAAUUUGGCAAUGUGGGCCGAAAUGGUGAAGGGAUCGGAAGCGGGACAGAAGUGUUGCGUGCGGGCUAAAAUCGACAUGUCCUCUGCGAACGGGUGCAUGCGCGAUCCGACGAUCUACCGCUGCAAAAACGAACCACAUCCACGUACCGGCACGCAGUACAAAGUGUACCCGACGUACGAUUUUGCCUGCCCGAUCGUGGACGCAAUCGAGAACGUUACGCACACGUUGCGCACGAUGGAGUACCACGAUCGGGACGAGCAGUUUUACUGGUUCAUCGAAGCGUUAGGGCUCCGGCGUCCAUACAUCUGGGAGUACAGCCGGUUGAACAUGACCAACACGGUGCUGUCGAAGCGCAAGCUUACGUGGUUCGUGGCGGAAGGGUUGGUCGAUGGAUGGGACGAUCCCCGUUUCCCGACCGUUCGGGGUAUUCUGCGGCGCGGCAUGACGGUGGAAGGCCUGCGGGAAUUCAUCAUUGCGCAGGGUUCCAGCAAAUCGGUCGUAUUCAUGGAGUGGGACAAGAUCUGGGCGUUCAACAAGAAGGUAAUCGAUCCGAUCGCGCCUCGCUAUACGGCCCUGGAAAGCGAACGACGCAUCCCGGUUAAUGUGGCCGGUGUACAGCCGGGAACAAUGCAGGCAGCCGUGCAUCCAAAGAACGCCGACAUUGGCAUGAAAACGGUCCACUAUGGACCACGUGUGUUGAUCGAUUUGGCUGACGCGAAUGAACUGAAGGAGGGUGAAAAUGCUACGUUCAUAAACUGGGGCAAUCUGAUGAUCCAGCGGGUGAAUCGCGGUACCGAUGGAGUUCCGCUGUCGAUUGACGCUACCCCGAACCUGGACAAUAAGGAUUACAAGAAAACACUGAAGCUGACGUGGCUUUGUGAUUUACCGGCGGAUCAGUACACGCCAACUUACUGCGUGUACUUUGAGCAUAUCAUCAGCAAACCAGUGUUGGGAAGGGAUGAAGACUUUAAAAAUUAUAUCGGCCAUCAGACGAGGACUGAGGUUCAGAUGUUGGGCGAUCCGGAGCUGAAGAAACUCGGUAAAGGCGACAUCAUUCAGCUGCAGCGCCGUGGCUUCUUCAAGGUGGACCAGGCGUACCAACCGGCCAGCGAGUUUAGUGGUGCCGAAACACCGAUUGUACUGUUCGCGAUUCCCGACGGUCAUGUUGCCGCUGUACCGACGGCAAACAUCCCUAAGAAGGAAGUGGCUGGAGAGAGCAAGAAGACGAAACAACCGGUUGCUAAACAACCGACCACCGUUGCUGGUGGUGCUUUGAACGCGUCCAAUCUCAACGAUUCCAUCACCCAGCAGGGCGAAACGGUACGGAAGCUAAAAGCGGACAAAGCACCCAAGCCGGAUGUUGACGCGGCAGUGAAAGUAUUGCUCGAUCUGAAGGCACAAUACAAAACUCUAACGGGCAGUGACUGGAAACCGGGCGCAAGUGUAGUUGCACCGUGCACAGCAUCUGUAGCGCCAUCGGACACGGCCACUACGCUGAACGCAAAGAUCGUCGAGCAAGGAAACUUGGUGCGUGAUUUGAAGGCCAAAAAAGCCACCAAACCCGAAGUAGAUGCUGCCGUUAAAGCACUGCUAGAACUGAAGGCACAGUACAAAACGGUGACGGGAAGUGAGUGGAAACCGGGAACAGCGCCCGUCCCAAGUACUAUAGCGCCACAGCAAACGCCAACGAGUGGUGCAGAUGAAAUCAACGCCAAGAUCGUCGAGCAAGGAAAUUUGGUGCGUGACUUGAAGGCGAAAAAAGCGACGAAACCUGAAAUUGAUGCCGCAGUAAAGACGCUGCUGGAGCUGAAGGCACAGUACAAAACGGUGACGGGAAGUGAGUGGAAACCGGGUGUGGUACCGUCGGCGGUAACAGCUUCCGUUCCUUCCGCUGCAUUACAACCGGCUGGUGGUGGUAACGUUGUUGCUGGUGAAUCUGCGGAAGCGCUCAACAAGCAAAUCAUCGCACAGGGUGAUCUUGUGCGCGAUUUGAAGGGCAAAAAGGCUCCGAAAGCGGAAGUUGAUGCGCAGGUUAAAACACUACUCGAGCUGAAGGUACGGUACAAGCAAGCGACAGGUGGACAGGAUUGGAAACCGGGCUGUGUACCGCCGGUAAAGAAGGAAGACGCGAAUCCAUCCACAACGACCGGAGGAGAGGCCGAUUUGCUGACACAGAUCACUGCCCAGGGUGAUAAGGUUCGUGCCCUGAAGGGUAGCAAGGCUGACAAAGCGACCAUUGACCAAGCGGUGGCAGCACUGUUGAAGCUUAAGGCAGACUACAAGACGUUGACGGGCAAGGAUUGGAAGCCGGGAGCGACAGUUUCCGCCGAAGGAAAAGAAAACAUGUGUCCGGCUAGCGGCACGGAACAGGAAGUGCUGGUGGAGAAGAUUACAAAGCAGGGCGAUACGGUGCGCUCGCUGAAGGGUAGUGGUGCGGCCAAGGCUGAAAUCGAUGCGGCCGUGAAGGUUCUGCUGGAAUUGAAAGCGGAAUACAAGAAGCUUACCGGUACGGAUUAUGUUCCCCCCGGUGGUGGUGGUGCUGCUGCUACCGGUCGGCAGCAAACAAAGCCAGCCAAAAAAGAAUCCAAACCGAAACCAGAGCAAAAGGCUAAACCUGAGCAAAAGGCCACCAAAGACGAUGGUACAGGACCGAAGAAACAAACGCGCCUCGGGCUGGAAGCGACCAAGGAAGACAAUCUGCCCGACUGGUACUCGCAGGUCAUUACGAAGGGUGAAAUGAUCGAGUACUACGAUGUGUCCGGAUGCUACAUACUGCGCCAUUGGUCGUUCGCCAUCUGGAAAGCGAUUCGCAAUUGGUUCGAUGCGGAAAUUACGAAGCUUGGCGUGAAGGAGUGUUACUUCCCGAUCUUUGUUUCGCGGGCCGCACUCGAGCGCGAAAAGACGCACAUUGCGGACUUUGCGCCGGAGGUUGCGUGGGUGACGAAGAGCGGUGAUUCGGAACUGGCCGAACCGAUUGCCGUACGUCCAACGUCCGAAACGGUCAUGUAUCCGGCGUACGCCAAGUGGAUCCAAUCGUAUCGCGAUCUUCCGAUCCGUCUGAACCAGUGGAAUAAUGUUGUGCGCUGGGAGUUCAAGCAUCCGCAACCGUUCCUGCGCACGCGCGAAUUUCUGUGGCAGGAGGGCCACACUGCGUUCGCGUCGAAGAAGGAAGCGGACGAGGAGGUCCUUACGAUACUGGACCUGUACGCGAAGGUGUACACCGACCUGUUAGCCAUCCCGGUGGUGAAGGGACGGAAGACGGAGAAGGAAAAGUUUGCCGGCGGUGACUACACGACGACGGUCGAGGCGUACAUCUCGGCGUCGGGCCGUGCCAUUCAGGGCGCCACCAGCCACCAUCUCGGGCAGAACUUUUCGCGCAUGUUCGACAUUGUGUACGAGCAUCCGGAAACGAAGGAGAAGGAGUACGUGUUCCAGAACUCGUGGGGCAUUACGACGCGUACGAUCGGUGUUAUGAUCAUGGUGCACGCGGACAAUCAGGGUCUGGUGUUGCCGCCACGCGUCGCCUGCAUGCAGGCCGUGAUCGUGCCGUGCGGUAUUACGGCAACCACGACGGAUGAGGAACGGCGCCGGCUGUACGACAGUUGCCGCGAGCUUGAGCAAACCAUCGUGAAGGCCGGCAUUCGCUGUGAGGGCGAUUAUCGCGAUAAUUAUUCGCCGGGCUGGAAGUACAAUCACUGGGAGUUGAAGGGCGUCCCGGUGCGCAUCGAACUCGGCUUUAAGGAUCUGCAGAACGAUCAGUUUGUAGCGGUGCGGCGAGACAAUGGUGCGAAGCAGACGAUAAAACGGGCCCAGGCAGCGGUGGAACUGGCGAAUCUGCUCGAAACCAUCCACACCAGCAUGUACGAACGAGCGGAACGCGAUCUGCACGAGCACACGAAGGUUACGAAGCAGUGGGGCGAGUUUUUGCAGUUCCUCGAGGCGAAAAACAUCAUCAUGACACCGUUCUGCGGCGAGAGUAGCUGCGAGGAUCGCAUCAAAGCGGAGAGUGCGCGUGAUGAUGCGGAGGCGGAAGCUGGUGCACCGGCGAUGGGUGCCAAGUCGCUGUGCAUCCCGUUCGUGCAACCGGCCACGAUUGAUCCGAAAGCCGACAAAUGCGUACACCCGGCAUGUGGUCGUGCGGCCAAGUUCUACACACUCUUCGGAAGAAGCUAUUAAGCAACUACGCACAAAGUGUGGAAUGCUAUGUGGGAUGCUAAAGUGCGAAAUUGACGCCACACAAAUAUUCUCUGUCAAUGUUUUCUGUUCAUUAAACUACUAAUGUUACUAAAGUG